CCCGGAUUUUCAAAUAAUUGCUUUAUCGGCAGCCGAAAGAUUUGAAAAACGCCAAUAAAAAAGCUUCUAUCAGCUUUUUCGCUAAAGUACAAUGCCACGCCUUUUUUUUGGGCAAAUUCCCGUUGCGCGCAUCACCUGACACCCACUUUGAGGUUACACUCACGUAAACAACCCAUAUUUUUAUUUUUGUUGAUGUUUUUGAUCAAAACCGUCGAUAACUCACCUAAUCACCGACAAAAGCCACUGUGAUCCACCUGAUAAGACUAAUCGCGCAGCCUGCCACCAGUCGGUCCGCCUGUAAUGUGCACGUCAACGUGGCAAUGUCAGAGCUAAAUAGGGCUGCUGCGUCCAGGGACGCGGCCAAAACGGCCUUUUCGGUGCUCCAAGUUCAAUUUCCGGUGGCCACCGACCGGCUUCGAACCCUCGACUUUCUGGAGGCGGCCCACGGCCUCGUCACCAUCGUGGAGCGGUUCGGCAAGGUCUUCGCCCCCGUGAUCAACGACAUGAACGGCAAUAUCAAGAGCCCUCCACUUUCUGAGCCAGUUCUUCGAGUGCAUCAUCAUGGACAGCGAGAGCGAGCGCGCCACGCAGGACCUGGUCCCGAUGAUGCAGCAGGCCUAUUCCGAAACGUUGGAGCCCUACCACGGCUGGCUGGGCACGCAGCUGUUCAACGCAAGUCCCCCUCCACACUAGACAGAAUGGCGGCCGCCCAAUCACUGCCCGUUUUGCAGGUUAUGUCCCGAUUCGCGCCCAAUCGGAGCGACUUGUUCUACACGCUUGCGCUCGACCACAGCCACCGCGAUGAGCAGGUGUUGCGCGAUUUGCGCCAGUACCAUCAGCGCAUGGCCGCUUGCGUGCUGCAACUCACCCAGUUUUACGCCGACCAUCGUCUGGAGGACGGUUUGUAGCUUGUUGCAUCCUCAAUAGACGUUUUGGAGUUAA